GUAGCUAAUGUUUCUCAGGGUGGAUUCAGAAGUGUAAAUAGAUGCAUAAAGUUGUUAUGGUAACAUGAAUAAAUGUGGCAUAGACUUAUUUACAAAACACUUUGCAGAUGGCAAUAAGCAAACAUUUCAAUUUAACAGCUGCCAAGGAACCUUGUUUGACGACUCUCGGUGCUUUAAACAGUAGCACUUUGAAUAAGCAUAGUUAUUAGGUUUUGUGGACAGUGGGUGUGAUGGUAGAAAUAUGAUUAGCCUGGAUCGUGCAUGUGCAUGUUUGAAACUCCUUCACACUUGUCUUAAUCAAUAUGUGGUUUGUUAGUUUCACUAAGCACAUGGGUGAGGGAUUUCUCCCUCCCCCCCUGCUUUCCCCCCUCCUCUUCAGCUCCAAUUCAGCUGAGCUAAAGAAACACAUUCAGGACAUUUUAUCUCCCUCCCUGUCAGUGCUGCCUGUUACUACAGGGCUUUUUCUGGAAGGCAUUUGCUUUGAAGAGAAGAGAAACUUUGUAUUUAGAUUGGAUAUUUGUAAUCUUCUCUGGCUUGUUGUGGUAUGGAUUUUGCUUUAUUUGUGUUUAUCUUUUGUCACUUGUGAAUCUGAAUUCCGCCAGACGUGUUUUGUUAGAUCAGCAAGGUCUCCUAGCAGUUGUUUUCAGUUUUUUGCAAGAUGAAGAUUUUCAUAGCUUUUGAAGGAUUUUGUGAAUCUUUUGACAUUUCAUCAGACCAAACUGUGCAAGCUAUAAAACUGAUGAUAAAGGAUUACUUCAACAUUCCACUUUCUGAAGACAAACAAGGUAGACAGUAUUUGGAUUUGAUCUAUGCAGGAGCAAUACUGAAGGAUAGCUGGAUUCUUGCUGAUGUGGGGAUAUCAGUUUCCUCAACUAUUAAAUGUGUUGUUAAGGAAGAAGACAAACCAGUUCUCUACAUAUACAAUGUUGUAACCCAAGAGAAAGUGCCCAUUGAGGGGAGUAUUUCUCUUCUUGCUACAAAAGUGUCUCUUUUGAAAACCUUGGUAACCUUGAAAUGUGGCCUUCCAAAUAGCGUUUAUUGUUUUAGGACUCCAGAAGGCAGGGAGAUGUAUGACUGCAACACACUGAACGAUUACCAGUUAGAUAUAGGUUCAACACUUCGCCUAGAUGUGUGGGAUGGAUGGAAAGAAUUUCUGACUGGAUGUCUUUUAGGAAACAAGCAUAUAGUCCAACGCUUCCUUUCUGAUGAAGACUCAGUACUCAAAUAUCAAAAAAGGGUGGCUCUUUACGUGGCAGCAUUUUUUGGCCACCUUGAGCUCACAGCAUGGAUCCUGAAACAGGGAGUGAGCUCCUAUGAGGCAGUAGGUGUUCAUCCCUACCGAGAAUGGUGUCAGGAAACACAUCAUCCAGACAUAACUAAAUGUCCAGUUCAUGCAGCUGCAGAAGCAGGCCAACUAAUUAUACUGAAGGCCUUUGUCAAUUACAGUGUGUUGUGCCUACAGUGCCAAAAUCCAGAAGGGAAAAUUCCUCUGAAUGUGUGUAUCAAGCACAAACAUAAGGAUUGUGUGCAAUAUUUAGUUACCAAAAUGUGGUCAGUCGUUUCUUAUCCUAAUUUUUCACUUCCCAUGAAGAUCUACAUUAAAUUAAAGCAAUGGCUGCUUAGGGCUCAGAAUCACAUACCUACCCUGAAAUGGUUUAACCAAGCUACAGUCUUCAGAACACGCGUGGGGGACACUGUUAUCGUGGAUGGCUUUACAAAGACAAAAAUGACUUCCAAAGCCAGGAUCAAGGCAGCAGGCAAUAAGAACUAUAAGUUACCAAACCUAACUGAUCAAACUCCACAUGAGAAAAAUUCAUGUCCCUUGACAGUUACAAAGGAGAACCAAAAACUAAUAAAACUCAAAUUACCUCCAUUGGAUGAGGUGAAUAAACUCCAUAACAAACUUAGACUUCACCAAAAGAAGAAUAUUAGAAAGAAGUCUGCUCAGCCUAGAAAAGAUGGAAGUAUGGACCAAAAUAUGUGUUUAGCUAAAGUUCCUCUGCCCUCUAUUUCUAGCUUCAGAAAUUCACGCCCUCCUUUCUACUAUUCAACACCUAAUGCUAAAUUACUCUUAAACUCCUCCUCUGAUUCUUUCUCAGAACACCAUGGAAGAACUCCAAGAGAUAAUGCAAUCUACUGUUUAGCUAUUGCCAGUGCAUUUAAAGAGAAACCAUGGCUUCAACAACUGGGAAUUGCCAGAACCCUAGCUAAGAAGAGUGUUUCAAACCUGUGUACUGAUAAAGGCCUAGUGUGUCAAGGAACUGUAAUUUGGGAAGAGAGGCUAUGUUUGAUGCUUCUAACAAUAUCAAUGCUGUCCUAUUCGACAAGCAUCCUAAAUUCUAUUUAUUCCAUUAACAUAAUACACAGAUAUGGUUAAUGGAGGUAUAUUUAAUAAGUAACACAUUACACAAAGAAAAUGUAUAAAUCAUUAGUGGAUGCUAUGGGCUUUGUUACAGAUAUUUGGUCACUGUAGCUCUAAAGAAGAUAAGAUUAGAUCAUUUGACAAAAAUAAUUCUGAAAAAACUUAACGUAACAUGUUUAAAGGAAAAAAAAAAAUUAUUAGAUUAGUGUGAACCAAAGGUUUUCAACAUUGUGUAGCACCACUGUGAGAAAGAAAAAUUCAUUUCCUAGUGCUAAGUUUUAGUGCCAUUGAACCUGUAGUGUGUGCUAGCAGACUUCAUUGUUCAGCACUCCCCAGGAGUUUAAAGAUCUUCCAUUUAUCUUUAAAAUAAUUUCAAACUAAUUUUAAUUAAAAAAACUUGUUUCUGCUGCUCCUGCCAUCUGGAACAGUGUGCUAUGCUGUGUUUCUUUACCACUACAGGCAGUCCCCGGGUUAUGUACAAGAUAGGGACUGUAGGUUU